AUGACACGCCACGGAAAGAACAACACCGCUUCGUCAUUUUAUUCUGCUGCGGAACGCGCCAAAGAUGCGAAAGCCAGCGGGUUCGGCACCCUUCACGCUCGUCUGACUGCAGAUUCAAUCAAGGAUUUCGACUGCUGCUCAUUGACGCUUCAGCCUUGCAGGCACCCCGUCAUCUCGCCAGAGAGCCAUAUCUUUGAUCGAGAGGCCAUGAUCGAAUAUUUCCUGGCACAGAAAAAGAAGAUCAACAAGUUGACGAAAAGCUGGGAGCGUCAGAUGGAAUUGGAAGGUGAAGCGAUGAAAAAGCAAGAAGAAGAGAAGCAAGUGGAGCGAGUUAAGCGACUGGAAGCAGCGACUGGUCUACCCGCACAGGAGAGUCUCAGAGUAGCAGAAACUUCGCGGAAACGCGCCAUCAAUGAUCGGUUCUCGAGCGAGGUGGCUGCAAAGAAUCAAAAGGUGAUGUGCCCAAUUACGGGAAAUCCGUUGAAAAUCAAGGAUCUGAUGGAAGUGAAAUUCACCGAAGCACCCGAUGAUGAUGCAAAGAAUCGAUACAUGUGCCCCGUCACGCACGAUCUUUUGACAAAUACGACGAAAUGUGCUUAUUUGAAGACCAGCAAAACCGUUGUGACGUGGGACGUUGUCGAAAAGCUUAUCAAGUCAGAAGCUAACUGGGUUGAUCCGCUAAAUGGAAAACCUUUGAAAGAAUCCGAUAUCAUUGAACUGAAGCGCGGUGGUACCGGAUUGUGCGGAUCUCCAGCGCAAGUGCAGCCUCCUGUUCACCAAACUGCAGCCCCGGAAGUGCCGCAGAAGAAUGACGCUCAGCUUCCACCUCAACAAGCCGGAGACUCGAUCGGGAUGAGCGAGAUCGAGAGGGCAAUGCUCGCAACGUUGAGCGAGCUCGACGGCUCGAAGCAGUCGGCUAAGAAAGAGAAGAAGGACAAGAAGAAAAAGGAGCAACGACCGUCGAUAGACCCUGAAAACGUUGACGACGUGCCGAAGGAGAUGCGGAAACGUCAAGUGGAAGUGUUCCGCGAGAUGCUGCGUCUCCGGUAUGAGGAAGGCAAAAUCACCCUAAACGAUUCGUGGGAGCAUGCCGUGAAAUUCUUGGGAUCGGACCCGCGAUUCCGCGUGAUCCAGAAGGCCGCCGAGAAGAAGCAGAUCUUCUACGCCUGGCGCGAGCAGCAAAUCGAGCAAGAAAGAGAGGAAUGUCGCGCCCAGAAGCUGAAAGCCAAGAGGGACCUCGAGCAGUGGCUGCGUGAGCACCCGAGGUUGAAGAAGACAUUGAGAUAUCAACGCGCUGCCCAGCUUUUCGCCGAUGAGCCGCUCUGGCUGGCCGUGCCGCUCGAUGAUCGCCGCGACCUUUUCCUGGAUGUUUCGCACGACGUUCUGAAGGAGCUGGCCAAGACCGAGGCACGGUUGAAGAAGCGCAAUGUUGAGGCUCUAACCAACAUUUUCCAAAAUAUGUCCAAAAUCGGCCUCCGCACGACGUGGGCCGACGCGCAGAAACUGCUCGUCAAGCAGAAGGCUUUCAUAAACGAUACGGAGCUGCUGAAUAUGGAAAAGAUGGACGCGUUCGACGUCUUCCAAGAUUUCAUCCAAGAGGCCGAGAUUCAGCACAACCUCGCCAAGGCCCAGGGGAAAAGGGUGAUGUACCGACACGAUCGGCGUGUUCGCGACGAGUUCCGCGCAUUUCUCGUGGAACUGCAGCAGCAAGGCAAAAUCCAAGCCUUCACCCGCUGGUCUUCAUUAGCGCCAAUCAUCUGCUCGGACCCUCGUUUUGCCGCAAUGCUUCUACAACCCGGCAGCACCCCUCUCGACAUGUUCAAAAUUUUCGUGAAAGAACUCGAGGAUUUGUUUGUGGCCGAUGCGCGGAUUGUCCGGGAAAUUCUGAAGGAAGGGAACCAUGAAAUUAAGGUUGACACGACGUACGACGAGGUGUUAGAAUGGGUACAAGCCGAUGAACGCCAACGCCUCAUCCCCUCCAACCAUUUGCGCCUCUACUACACGAGAAAAGUCGAGGGCGCCGCCCAGCGGAUCAAGGAUCGAGAACGCGAGCAGCAGCGUGUCGUCAAGCGGAAUCGCGACCAUUUCAGAGAUCUCCUCGGCUCUCUCGACCCUCCACUGACCGUCGAAUCACAAUGGGCCGAUGUUUUGCCCAGAAUUGAGGCGUCUGAAGACUAUCAAGCUGUAGAAUCCGACGAGCUGCGCGAGCAGUACUUUGCCGAAUUCCUGCGCCAGAUUGCUGAUGGAUGUCUGCACAGCCACGAGGGUCGAAAGAAGAAAAAGGAGAAGAAACGAAGGAGUGACCGGCACUCUUCGGAUUCAGAAGAUGACGACGAGAAAGGCAAGAAGCACAAGAAACGCCGUGAUGAUGACGAUGAGCGAGAUGAGAAGCGACGAAAGAGGAAAUCACAGCGCCACUCGGGAAGUCGCUCAAGAAGUGCUGAUGAUCAUCACCGUUCUUCCCGGAAGAAGCGAUCCAGCGAC